UCGUAAUUCCGCGCAUGCUCACUGUGCAGUCACCAUCUUGAGUUCGUCAGUGGCAGUUGCUUGAUGAACGUGUUCCACUUUAAGGCCCCUUAACAACACCAAUUUAACCCAAAACAAGUGUUAAUCGCGAUUCAAAUUACCGAUUAAUGUGCAAACAAUCCACCAUAGUGUUAUUAUUAUUGAUAUCAUCCGUCAAUCAUCCGUUUUCCCGCCAUCCUUACCUAAUCUUGGCAUGGGAGUUAUUGAAGGUGGUAAAAGGUCAGUAAUGGUUUUGGUUUGCUGCUAAGGCUUUCUAGGUUUAAUUGAUAAGCUACAUCGUAGAAUGGCUUUGAAAACCGCCUUGCCUUCUAUGGCUUCCACAAAGGAAAUGAAAUUUUAUUCACCGAAUUCCGUUGGUUCCGAGGACGACCCUCCAUCAUCAGACGAAAAUUUCCAGCUGCGACUCUCUGACGACGAAGACUGCCAUAACACGGAAGAUGGUGACAUUUUACCUUCUUCUGUUUCUAAAGAAACCGAGGACGAAAUCCUCAAUAAAUUCAACUUUGACGAAUGUCUGGAUAAAGAAAAAAGUGAAAAGACCACAAUCGCUUCUUGCUGUGAUAACGAUGCAAAAACUAAUACUGACGAGAACGAAAGCAAAGCCGUUGACGAAGAUAAAAAUGAAGAAAGGUCAACAGAUGAUAAAGACGAAAUCAAGAAUGGCGAUGACGACAAGAGAAGAUUAGAGAAGACAACUGAAGAAAGUUCCGAUAAAUCGAAAGAAGUAGAAGAUGAAGCCCAAAAGGAAGAAGAAACUGGCAAUGCAGAAGAGGGAACGUCGAAAGAUGAUGGAUGUUCAGAAAAGCUAAAAGAAGUUGAAGAAGGAAAAGAGGAACUAGCAACAGUAAAAGAGAAAGUGGAAACAGCAAAAAAAAAGUUAGGAAAAGCAAAAGAACAACAAGAAGAUUCAAUAAAAACCGGCGACAUUGAAAAAAAGACAAGUGGGGAAAGGGAAAAAGAUGGUGGAAAUGAAAAGAAAGAACGCUCCACGGCGUACAACAAAGAAGAAGAAAAAGGUAAAUGUGAAGAAGAUGCACAAAAGGAAAUUUUCAAAAGACAAACAAAUGAUACAGAAAACUUGUUAGAUAUUUUCGAUGUAAAACCUGCAGAUGAAAAUAAUCUUCUUCAGGAGCUAAAAGAUCCAUCCUCGUCAAGUGAGAACAGCGAAAAAGAUGAAAAUGAAGAAGAAUGCGAAGACAUGGAUAACGAGAAAAUGGAGGAAGAAGCCGAUGGGCCGGAAGUGGAUGAAGCCAUGGAUAGCAUCGACAUUGAAGAAAACGUUUUGGUACAGGAAGAUACUUCCGGCGACGUAAAAAUCACUGAUAAAGAAACUGUAGAGAAAAUAGACACUGACAAGUUUUUUAUGGAAACCGACAAAAUAACAGAAAGCGAACAAGAAACUAUUAAGAAAGUAGUGACAAGUGAUAAAAGAAAUACAGUGAGUCCACAACCACCGGAAACAAGGAACGAUACCGUAACAAGUUCCGAAAAAAGUACUAUAAUAAUCACUAACGCGAGUGAAGAAACAAGUGAAACAAUUAAACAAACGGAUCUAACAAAUGAAACAAAAGAAGAUAGUACAAAAACAAAAGAAAACGAAUCUUCGAAAUCUGCCAAACGGUCACUCCCGGAAACGACAACCGAUAGUGAGAUGGAAAGCGCCACCAAGCGGAUAAAAAUGUUAGAAAAAAAGGACUACUAUGACAAACUUAAAUCGACAGACACGACCACAUCAAAAAAGGAAGACAAACUUGCCCACAACGUCGAAACGUUAAAUUGCCUCGUCGAAUUCAUGAAGAGCAACGUGCUGACGAAACUCACCCGUAACAAUUUGGAGGAAUUGUGUCUGCAAAAGAUGUGCGAAGCGGUCAUGGACAAGAGCGAGAUCGGCGAGUUGAGACACCAACUGAAAGUCCAAGAACAAAUGAUCGAACAUUGGAGGAAGGAAGUGACGCAAUUGACGAAACAAGCGCGCGAUUUGGAAACCGUCAAUACACGUCUGAUGAGCGACUUCCGAGUAAGAAACGAGCGAGAAAAACCGAUCAUGCCGCUAAAAAUAACGAGAUCCGUGGGAUUACAAGUCAAUCCCGACAACUUUAUCCUUACGGGCAGGAGGAAGGUCGCCCGAAAUGUUGUUCCGAUCACACAAAACGCUACCAAUUCAUCGUCCACCGGCACGGCCACGUCCCCAACGAAGCAAACGGUGCUUCAUACUGUUGCCGUUUCCAACGGGGUCGUUGAAUCCGUGAACACUCAAAGCGGCUCCACUUCAACGGACAUGGUCACCGAUAGCUCCGUGUCCACAUCCGCCUCAUCGUACAUAGAUCUGACGGACGAAGACUUGACUUGUCUUUAUAAUCAAAUAACUACUCUUUUUUUGCCUUAUCUUCACGAAUGCGUCAUUUUUACUUUUGUUUUAGACACGGAAGAUGGUGACAUUUUACCUUCUUCUGUUUCUAAAGAAACCGAGGACGAAAUCCUCAAUAAAUUCAACUUUGACGAAUGUCUGGAUAAAGAAAAAAGUGAAAAGACCACAAUCGCUUCUUGCUGUGAUAACGAUGCAAAAACUAAUACUGACGAGAACGAAAGCAAAGCCGUUGACGAAGAUAAAAAUGAAGAAAGGUCAACAGAUGAUAAAGACGAAAUCAAGAAUGGCGAUGACGACAAGAGAAGAUUAGAGAAGACAACUGAAGAAAGUUCCGAUAAAUCGAAAGAAGUAGAAGAUGAAGCCCAAAAGGAAGAAGAAACUGGCAAUGCAGAAGAGGGAACGUCGAAAGAUGAUGGAUGUUCAGAAAAGCUAAAAGAAGUUGAAGAAGGAAAAGAGGAACUAGCAACAGUAAAAGAGAAAGUGGAAACAGCAAAAAAAAAGUUAGGAAAAGCAAAAGAACAACAAGAAGAUUCAAUAAAAACCGGCGACAUUGAAAAAAAGACAAGUGGGGAAAGGGAAAAAGAUGGUGGAAAUGAAAAGAAAGAACGCUCCACGGCGUACAACAAAGAAGAAGAAAAAGGUAAAUGUGAAGAAGAUGCACAAAAGGAAAUUUUCAAAAGACAAACAAAUGAUACAGAAAACUUGUUAGAUAUUUUCGAUGUAAAACCUGCAGAUGAAAAUAAUCUUCUUCAGGAGCUAAAAGAUCCAUCCUCGUCAAGUGAGAACAGCGAAAAAGAUGAAAAUGAAGAAGAAUGCGAAGACAUGGAUAACGAGAAAAUGGAGGAAGAAGCCGAUGGGCCGGAAGUGGAUGAAGCCAUGGAUAGCAUCGACAUUGAAGAAAACGUUUUGGUACAGGAAGAUACUUCCGGCGACGUAAAAAUCACUGAUAAAGAAACUGUAGAGAAAAUAGACACUGACAAGUUUUUUAUGGAAACCGACAAAAUAACAGAAAGCGAACAAGAAACUAUUAAGAAAGUAGUGACAAGUGAUAAAAGAAAUACAGUGAGUCCACAACCACCGGAAACAAGGAACGAUACCGUAACAAGUUCCGAAAAAAGUACUAUAAUAAUCACUAACGCGAGUGAAGAAACAAGUGAAACAAUUAAACAAACGGAUCUAACAAAUGAAACAAAAGAAGAUAGUACAAAAACAAAAGAAAACGAAUCUUCGAAAUCUGCCAAACGGUCACUCCCGGAAACGACAACCGAUAGUGAGAUGGAAAGCGCCACCAAGCGGAUAAAAAUGUUAGAAAAAAAGGACUACUAUGACAAACUUAAAUCGACAGACACGACCACAUCAAAAAAGGAAGACAAACUUGCCCACAACGUCGAAACGUUAAAUUGCCUCGUCGAAUUCAUGAAGAGCAACGUGCUGACGAAACUCACCCGUAACAAUUUGGAGGAAUUGUGUCUGCAAAAGAUGUGCGAAGCGGUCAUGGACAAGAGCGAGAUCGGCGAGUUGAGACACCAACUGAAAGUCCAAGAACAAAUGAUCGAACAUUGGAGGAAGGAAGUGACGCAAUUGACGAAACAAGCGCGCGAUUUGGAAACCGUCAAUACACGUCUGAUGAGCGACUUCCGAGUAAGAAACGAGCGAGAAAAACCGAUCAUGCCGCUAAAAAUAACGAGAUCCGUGGGAUUACAAGUCAAUCCCGACAACUUUAUCCUUACGGGCAGGAGGAAGGUCGCCCGAAAUGUUGUUCCGAUCACACAAAACGCUACCAAUUCAUCGUCCACCGGCACGGCCACGUCCCCAACGAAGCAAACGGUGCUUCAUACUGUUGCCGUUUCCAACGGGGUCGUUGAAUCCGUGAACACUCAAAGCGGCUCCACUUCAACGGACAUGGUCACCGAUAGCUCCGUGUCCACAUCCGCCUCAUCGUACAUAGAUCUGACGGACGAAGACGACAAAAAAGCAGCGGCGGGUACAAAUAAUAAAAGGAGAUCGUCAGUUACUAACAACAACAAUAAUGGCGGUACAAGUCAGAGUUCAACGUCCGCGGCUCCCGUCAAAACCGUCACCAGCACCGUAACGACGACGACUCCGAACAAGAGUUAUCGCAUCGUGUCACCAGCGGUGGCGUCCGGAAUGACGGUCCCCGGUACCCCCAGACUCAUGUACGUCGUCAACAGCAACCCCGUGCAAGGCAUCAUAGCUACCACAACUACCACCACCACCACUCCCAAAUCGGGUUCACUAUUGAAAAUCAACACAAACGGUCUCGUUGGUCAGGCGGCUUCGAUGAGAUCGGCUUCUUCCGCUUCACGGUCACAGCAGUCCGUGAGACCGGUGCAGACGGUUCGUCCGACGACCACGCCCAAAAAUUCGUCCGCUAAGGCUUCUGGGGCACGGCACCCGGCCCCGUUGCCUCCUACACCAGUGGCUCAAGUGUCGAUAGCUUCAAGAAAGCCUGUACCGCCGAAACCUCAUCUUCAAAUUCGUAAAAAUGGCAACGCUAUAGUGUUGUCGUGGAAAAUGCCAUAUAACCUGGCGAACUUUGAAAGUAUCGCCAGUUAUCAGUUGUACGCUUAUCAAGAGACGAGCGCCCCACCCAGUACCGAUAUGUGGCGUAAAGUGGGCGACAUAAAAGCCCUCGCUCUGCCCAUGGCAUGUACGUUGACCCAGUUUGCCGACGGGAACAAGUACCAUUUCGCUGUGAGGGCCGUGGACGUGUUGAAACGCGUGGGACCGUUCAGUGAACCCGGUCCCAUUUUAUUGUAAACGUGAUAUGUGAUUAUGAAAACGCUCAUUUAAGUAAUUGAUUCAGUUGUCAGUGAGUUAUAUUUAUUUUGGGCAGAGGUUUCUCCCAUUUUUGAAUAUAUUAAUUAAUUGUUACGAUGACGAAUAUUGCGCGCAGCCUAUUUUUCAGGUAUGUUAGUUUGUAA